GCCCUGUACCCGGAACAACAAAGCGAGAAACCGAGCUCGAGCCUUGGGGGGCUCCUAGCAACGGGCCUGGGCGGGAGUUCCAUGGAGACUGGGGAGCGGACCCGUUUUAUCUUCAUCCUUGUCCUCCAGCUUCUUCUCCGCGUCCGACGCAACCAGCAGCAGCGCUGCCGCCGUGUCCUUUACGACCGCCCCGUCUUCCCACGGAUGUGAUCUUCGUGGUGGGAACCAAGUUUCUAAACUACCCCAAUGGAUGCAGACAGUGAUGUUGCAUUGGACAUUUUAAUUACAAAUGUAGUCUGUGUUUUUAGAACAAGAUGCCAUUUGAACUUAAGGAAGAUUGCUUUGGAGGGAGCAAAUGUAAUUUAUAAGCGUGAUGUUGGGAAAGUAUUAAUGAAGCUUAGAAAACCUAGAAUUACAGCUACAAUUUGGUCCUCAGGAAAAAUUAUUUGCACUGGAGCAACAAGUGAAGAAGAAGCUAAAUUUGGUGCCAGACGUUUAGCCCGUAGUCUGCAGAAACUAGGUUUUCAGGUCAUCUUCACAGAUUUUAAGGUGGUGAAUGUUUUGGCAGUGUGUAACAUGCCCUUUGAGAUCCGUUUGCCAGAAUUUACAAAGAACAAUAGACCUCAUGCCAGCUAUGAACCUGAACUUCAUCCUGCCGUGUGCUAUCGGAUAAAGUCUCUAAGAGCUACAUUACAGAUAUUUUCAACAGGAAGCAUCACAGUGACAGUUCCGUGGGCUAAUUAUUACUACAUUGCAUGGCCUCAUCACCUGAUGCCUGCCCCAGAAUCCUGCUGAGUUAGAUGACCUCCAAGGGCCCAAUGUAAAGGCUGUGGCGACUGCCGUGGAACAGAUCUACCCGUUCGUGUUUGAAAGCAGGAAGGAGAUUUUAUAACUCAAACUUGGUUGGUUAGUCUCCACCUGAGCACCGUUUGAGACCUGCUGCACAUUGGACUCAAAACACAAGGAAAACUGGACCAACAGUGACCGAGGACAGACUCGGACUCACAGCUGCAGUGUAAGCUCCAGUCCCUUUGGAUUUUACUUCAAAGUUUGCUGUAAUAUAAAAAGGAAGUUUACAAGACAUGACAUUGCUGCUUUUACAAAAGGACGUUCUAUUUAUUUUCGCAGUAAUCUCCAUGUCCCACAGGCAGAGCUGUCGCAGUGUGCACUUCCCGACAGUUGUUUUAUUGAUGUCAUUAUUUUUCCAGUUGGAGCUAAUGUGUUUGAUUUGUGAAUAGUCUUUUACAUUUUUGUAUGCUGAAUAUGGGCACCAAAGAACCUGUAAACGUUAUCUUUUUAAAUUGAAUGUGCACAAAUAAAAGUUUGGAAAAGAUCUCUCUUCAUAUCCAUUCUGUAACUUUUAUUCACCAUUUUUUUCUUUUAAACAACUGUAUUCAUAAUUUUUUUUAAAUCUAUGCAGGCUUAGACUUUGGCUAAAGUGUGUGGGCUUCUUUUUGAAGUGAGUUUGUAUAUAUUUGUGUGUAUGCUACAUGUAUAUAGUAUCUUUUCAUGCUCUGUUACCAAAUAUCAAUUAGAAUGUUCUCCUCGCAGAUUGGAAGUAAAAACCAUGUAUAUAAGCUCUAGGUAACUAGGGUAGAACUCCACAGGUAAAUGAUAAUGUUUGUGUUACUAAUUUAAUAUGAUAGAAAAUGUUAAAUGCGUUUGAAAAGCUAAGAGGUUGUAGUUUUGAAGAGAGGCCUUUUCCUGUCUAGGUGGAUCUGCAGUAGCCCCGUAACCCUUGUUAUUCUGGAAAGCUGGCUGUAGAUGAACGAGCCAGCAGAGGUUCUUAACUACCCUUAGGUCGGUGCUCAAGGCUAUGCUGGUCUUGUCAGAAAUUGACUGACAUUGUGUUUUAACAAGAAGUGGCUCGACUUGACCCAAAGCCUCUGGCAAGCUGGUCUCUGUCCUCGCCGUGUCUGAGUAGUGCAUGUGAAGGGUGACUGGAGGAUUAAGAGAGGCCACUCUUAAACUUCAGUUCCAUGAGACAGGGCCUCAGCCGUGCAUGGGCUCUGGGUGGAAAGGCAUGGUCGGACAGGUGCUUAGUGUAGCCAGGAGUGGCUUUACCUACCAAUAAACUAGGUGGAGUCAAAACUUAGAUUCUCUGUACAGACGAAACUAUUUCCCACCAAGCUCUGACUUACUGUUGUAUUUUUGAAAUGUUUGCAAAGGCUUGUGACAUGUGCACCAUAUUACAGACCUUCCAAGGCUAACUUAAGCACUGGCUGGGCAGUGCAUAGGAGUCUGUGUUCAGUUCUGUUUUCUUAAAGCCUCCUCAUCCCCUGCCCCUCAGCUCCUUCAGAACGUGGGAGCAAAGGUGAGCUUUGCACUUGCUUUUCCCAUAAUUCAUUGUGACUUUUUAAAGCCUUCAAUUUUUUAAAAAUUGUUUUUAUAUUUGGGUUUUGGUUUUUUUUUUUUUUUUUUUGCUUGUUUUAAGAUUAUUUUUAAAAAACCAGAGGUAGAAGUAGACGGCUUUAAAACCGUGAGGAUUUACCACUUGUUUUAACAGUGAACUCCUGGUUUGCAGUGUUCAGAAACAUGUAUGUGAGGCAGAAACUUGGGUAGGGAAGGUGCAGAUCCAUUCGCUGUAACAUGUUCAGUGUUCAGUGACCUGAAAGCCAGGCAGAGCUGGAGCUCUGGGUAAAUGAGUGUCUAAGGAGGGAAGAGUGAGCAUGGCCGAGUCUGGGGUCACCUGUGAGGCCACUGUCUGGCAGCUUCCUGGGCAGUCCCCACAAAAAUGCUGGGAAGGAGUGAGUGGGUGUUGCGUCGCCUGGUUUUCUACAAGUACUGUAAAAUUUUUUAUAUAAAUAAAAACUGUGAAUAUAUACAUCCAA